CCACGAUAAGCGACCAAUGUUACCCCAAAUGAUUAGGUAGCUCGCCAUCACGCAUUCGCUACCUACCUUUCUCCUCGAACUUGUCCUCGAAUUCUCCGAACUACGGAAACCGACGCAAACACGAUCGCAUACCCAACGAUGACGGGACACCACCCAAAUCACCAUAAUUCGACCACUUGCCUCUCGCAGACCGAGAGCCUUUCCCUCCUCGCCCUCUCCGCCGCUUGUGUCGCCGUCCUCGCCAACACCUUCCAGGGUGAUGGCUACCCACUCAUCGCUUCGCUCGCGCUUGGCGGGCUGGCAUUCAGCGCAACCUUCUCCAUGAUCCGAUGGCUGGGACCAACCUUCAUGAGGGCCGGCUUGAAAGGCGUGGAUAUGAGCAAACAUCAUAAAAAGGAGCUGCCGGAAUGCAUGGGCGCGAUAGCAGCCAUGGUGUACUUGCUGGCUGUUAUUAUCUUUAUUCCAUUUCCGUUCUACAAGGACAUUGUGGCGGCCACGAGCGGAGGUGGAAACCGCGAUGUGGUGAUGCAUGUUGAGCAUGUACAGGAAGGGAGGUUUCUACAUCGGUUUCCGCAUGGGAAGCUCGCCUCCUACCUCUCCGCCGUCAUGGCCCUCCAAUCCAUCUCCCUCCUCGGCAUCGGCGACGACCUCUUCGACAUUCGCUGGCGCCACAAAUUCUUCAUCCCCGCCUUCGCCUCCAUCCCCCUCUUGGUCGUCUACUUUGUCGACUUCGGCGUCACCUCUGUCGUGAUCCCGACCCCCUUACAACCUUACCUAGGCGAGCUCUUCAACCUCGGCGCCUUAUACUACGUCUACAUGGCCUCGGUUGCCAUUUUCAGUCCCAACAGCAUCAACAUCCUGGCAGGAAUCAACGGCAUCGAAGUCACCCAAUCCAUCGUCAUCGCCCUGUUGCUCGCUUUCAACGAUUGCCUCUACCUUUUGACGCCGUAUCCGCACCCGGCUACGGACUCCCACUUGUUCUCGCUUUAUUUCCUCCUCCCCUUUUUGGGUGUGUCUUUUGCUCUGCUCUGGCACAACUGGUACCCGGCCCGCGUCUUCGUUGGCGACACGUACUGCUACUUUGCGGGCAUGGUCUUUGUGGUGGUCAGCAUCUUGGGACACUUCAGCAAGACGUUGAUUUUACUUCUGAUUCCGCAGAUCUUCAACUUUGUUUAUUCCGUGCCGCAACUCUUUGGUCUUGUACCCUGCCCACGUCACCGUUUACCGCGGUUUAACGCGCGCACGGGACUGUUGGAGCCGAGCGUGACGCCCUGGACGCCAGAGAGACAGCCGAAGCCGCCGGUGGCGUGGGCGCUGAAGACGCUUGACAAGGUGAAACUGUUGAGGGUGACGCUGGAUGAGGAGGGGAGGUUCGUGGAGACGAGUAACUUUACAAUCUUGAACUUGUGGCUGGUCUGGAGAGGCCCGUUGCGGGAGGACCGGUUGGCGAUGGAGAUCACGGGGAUGCAGGUAGUGGUGGGACUGUUUGGGUUGUUUGUGAGGCAUCGGUUGGCGUUGAUUUUGUUUAAGCAGGACAAUUUGGGGGUCUGAAAGAGGGUAGAGCUCCUUGGUUAUGGGCUUAGACUGCGUAGACUGAGACAUCUUCCUUUGUAUAAAUGUCUUCCAAUAUUUAGAAUAGACGCACAUAUACCUCCAGUCUCCCACG